GAAUGCUUUGACUGAUAAUUAUGGUAACGUAAUGCCAGUUGACUGGAAAUCUUCCCACACCAGAGCCUUGCACUUGCCAACACUGAAUCUUUCAGAAAAAGGGGUAAAUGAUAACUUGAACCUUGACCUGUCAGAUGACGAAGAGCUGAGAGAACAGUUGGAUAUGCAUUCUAUCAUUGUUUCCUGCAUCAAUGAUGAACCACUCUUCACAGCAGAGCAGGUCAUUGAAGAAAUAGAGGAAAUGAUGCAGGAAUCACCUGAUCCAGAAGAUGAUGAAACGCCCACCCAGUCAGAUCGGCUCUCCAUACUUUCCCAGGAAAUUCAGACACUCAAGAGAUCCAGUACAAACAACAGCUAUGAAGAGAGAGUAAAAAGAUUGUCUGUUGCCGAGUUAAAUGAACUGCUAGAAGAAAUUGAGACUGCUAUUAAGGAUUAUUCUGAGGAACUGGUACAGCAGUUGGCUCUACGAGAUGAGUUGGAGUUUGAGAAGGAAGUGAAAAACAGCUUCAUUUCUGUCCUCAUCGAAGUACAAAACAAACAGAGAGAACACAAAGAAACGGCAAAGAAGAAAAAGAAGCUGAAAAAUGGUAGUCCUCAGAAUGGCAAACAAGAAAGAGGUCAUAUGCCUGGAACACGCUUCAGCAUGGAAGGGAUCUCAAAUGUCAUACAGAAUGGCUUCCGCCACACGUUUGGAAACUCAGGUGGAGAGAAACAGUACUUAACAACCGUCAUUCCUUAUGAGAAGAAAAAUGGACCCCCAUCUGUUGAAGAUCUUCAGACAUUAACCAAAAUCCUGCAUGCCAUGAAAGAGGAUAGCGAGAAAGUGCCAAGCUUGUUAACAGACUAUAUUUUAAAGGUACUGUGUCCUACAUGAAGAGGGCUGCCUUUCAGAAUUAGCCAUGCUCCUUCCUGUGAUGAGAAGCUUCCCAUGGAUAUAACUCAUAGUAUUUUUUCAUUUGGCAGUAUACCUAAACCAGUAUGCAUUUACCUCCUCUAUGUGUGCGUGGAUUUUCUGAUCCUACAGUAAGUCUUCUGGGCAUGACAACUUAUCCAUUUUAACUUAACAGUGCAAUGAACUGGAGCAGGGAACAAACAUCGUACAGUUUUACUCACAUUGUUCUGGCUUUUUUAAGUCUAUUUUUACAUUGUAUAGCAUGUAGUAAGUCCUCCUGCACAUUUUGUUGUUGGAAGGAAAAGUAAACUUUGAAUAGUGUAAAUAAAAUAAGCCUAGUUUUAAGGAAUCCAUAUUUAAAAGCAUCCUUAGUUCCUAUAGCAAAGAUGCAAAAAGGGUUAUAGUCGGGCUUGGACUAAAAGAUUCAAGUGAGUUCUCCAGGAGGCACUCCAGAACAGUGCUGGUGGAAGUCAGCAUUCGACACUUCUUUCAAAAUGGUAACUUUGAUUGAACUAUACAACAGUAUUGUUCAUACAGUGAACAAAUCCAGAUUCUUUGAUGGUUUGGCAUAAGUAAUUGGUGUGUUACCUAUCCCUAUUAUCUAACACAAACAUCCAAGUAAUGUAAUAUUUCAUAUUUGUUUUUAUUUUAGUUAGUAAUGUUCAUGUGGCUUAGAUAUUCUCCCAUAUUGCUGCUAUAAUUUUACUGGUUUUAGUGUGUGUUUGAUAUUAAUGAAAAUGCUUCAAUAUAUAAACAUUUUAAAAGGCUAUAUCUUUUUAAAAAUACAUGUACAGUUUGAAAAACUUGCACAUGGGUUCCAAGUUACUGUUAUAUUGAGACGUUGCUGUGUAUCUCUAAAUUUUACUACAAAUCUCUCUUGUAAAUUGUAUGCACUGUCUCUUCUGUGAUGAUGUAUCUGCAUUCAAACAGAUGAGAAUGUAUUUUACAAAUCCUGUAAAAGAAACAUACCCCAUAAUCUCAACAUUAAAUAUUUGUCACAAAAAAUUUUGCCAGUCUUAAAGAUUAGAUUGAAAUAUAAGGAGUACUAAUAAAAAUAAAGGAACUAUUUUCUAGGUUGAUUUCCUAUUGAUUCUACACCCAGAUUUAUAUACUGUAUACAUAAAGGCACUGGAAGAUAAGGUUCGAGAGAUAAACGUCUUUUCUUCAAACAGUUUUUUCCAUUUAAAGUCUUCAGUCUUUUUGUUAGUUGAAGAGAUAUUUGCUCCUGAAUACCUUGUGUCACUUCUUUAGUACUUAAUUUUUAUCGUCGUCACCAAAUACUCGUUUUGAUCAGUAAAACACAUUCAGUUUGAAAAUAGUUCUCGUAAUGCUUUCUUUUUUUUCUAAAGGCCUCAAUAUUUUUGUCUUUUGUGCCUUUUUCAGUCAGUAAAGAUUUCAGCUUAAAAUUCUUUCCUCCCCCCUCUCCCCCCACUUGGCCACCAAUGGAUACUUGCCAGCCUGCUCAGGAAUAAAUAGAUCCUCUGCAUCAGUGUGUCAUAUGCGAGGAAGUUUUUUUGUUCCUUUAUUCUACUUCAUUUGUGGUUUCUGUAACAAGAAAGCUGCCAUUUAUUUCUUUAGCUGAUGUGUUACGAACUCAUUAUGGCAUGCUUUUUCUAUAGAAAUGCUUGGUGUUGACUGUUGAUGCCUGGAAAUUGGCAAAGGGGAUGACUCUGCUUUGCUUCAUUUUUUUUUUUAAAAAGAUGCACAUGUGAAACACACCAUGUGUCCAAAUGAGAUCUAUUCAGAGAUGUUUCAAUCUACUUUUGAGGCUUGAGGUGACAAGAUGGAACAAAAAAGAAGAAAAUUAAGGGAAGAAUUAAAAAAAAAAAACCACCCCAGAAAACACUUUUGACAAAGUUUGUGUUGUUAGUUGUAGCACAUCUUGGAUGACAAAGUCACAAAAUACUAAAAGUAGUAAAACUUGAAAGAAAACCCAACACUAAAGACCAGAAACGGCUUUAGUGAGCUAAGCAUCUGGUUGGGUAUAUCAUGCCCCUCAUCAGGCUAAACAAGGUUUCAUUAUGAAAAGUACCUGUUUACCUUGUAUGUAGAAUCCUGGCAUUAAACAACAGCUGCCAAAGCUGGCAAGUAUUAUAUACACACCUAUAUUUGUACAUUAAAAAAAUAGAUCUCAAAACAUUUGAAUAAAAAGAACCAUGCAGAUCUGCUUUUCUGCUGAGUUCUAUGUACUUCAUAUUCUCUAUUAUGCAUCCUUUUUCCAGAUGCAUUAUUGAAUCUUGCAUUCUUUCAGGGAGCUGGAUUUCAUGAUUAUUUUUAGUUUUAGCAUGUGAUAGCUUUAAAUGGCCACCCAAGAACGGUUGCUGACAAAUACCCUAGAAGAGAUUUGGUAAAAAUACAUUUUUACCAAAAUCCGUGCCAUUUUUAAUAUGAAGAGUCCUGGAAGCAAAAUGUCCUUAAAAUCAUUGAAUUUUAAGUUACUUAAAGUUAGGUUAUUUGUAUCACUUGCUUUAAUAGCCUUUUUUUUUCUUUUUUGUUUUUUCCUUUUUUUUUUUUUCUUAACCCAACCCUUUUUCUGGGUUUCAGCUAUUUCAUUUGAUAUAACCUUAUUCACUUGCUGACUGGAGUCUCAAAUUUUGAGUCAAGGACUGUCUGGACAGUAUGUCAGAGGUAGUCAAGAGUCCUAGAAUGAUGUUGUCUCGGUUAAGGAAAGAAACUUGAAAACAAUGUCAGUUCCUUUCUGGUGAAAGAUAAUGAUUUAGCUAGACUCUCAGCUGGUGUAGGUUAUUGGUGAUAAAGAAUGUCUGCUGUUGACUGUGCCAGGUAGUUGCAGCCUUUAACUUGGAGCAGUGGUUUUAUUGCAGCAGUUCGCAUCAUUGUUGCUUCCAGACUGGAUUACCUUGGUAUUCUUUCUGCAUGCGUGUCACUUGGAAACUGCAGCUUGCCCAGAAAUGGCACUCUCUGAGCUUGGCAACAGUGUUGAUAAUCAAGUGUGUAUCUCUGCACAGCGUUGUUUACAGCAGCUGCCUCCUCAUUUCCAAGGGGACAGUUUAAGAGAAAGGUUUCGACUCCUGAAGUUGUAGAUGGUGCAGAGCCUGUGUAGCAGGAAGCCUGCUUCUCCAGCUGCGGCAGCAAUGGGCAGUGGAGCUCAGCAGCUUGCUUCACGUCAAACAGCAUCUACCCAAUUCCGUUGGGAAGGGUCUAGAAGCAAAGCUUUCUAGUGAGGCGUUCUCAGCUCCGAUGCACCCAAGCCUGAACUUACUGACUCGUCUCAUCAUUCUACAAAGUGUAUCUUUCUUUUGGGCGAUGGGGCUGUAUUGUAACAGUAACAGAAUCCAUGUGGGUCUGGAACUAUUUUCUGAUUCAGAUAUCAAUCCUAAUUUUUAAAACUUCUCAUGAACCUCCAAGUUUUCCUUGGAUAUGAAGUCACUCCAGAAACCAUAAAAACUCUGUCAUCCAGUAAAAAAUGAAACCUCAGAACAAAAUGGAUCUUGAAUCAUGUCAGGUGAAUUUAGUGUUCUGCUUCUCUUGGGGGCACAGCACUGUUUAUUUUAAGCCUAAAAAGAAACUCUGAUUGUCAUACAGGAAAUCUACCUGUUCCAACACUAAGAUAAUACCAUUUCUUUUCAAGAUGUUUACAAUUUUGCAGGUAGCAGUGAGUGCUAGAAGGGUUUUAUAGGGCACAUCUAAUGAUGGAGAAGUGCUAGAUACCUUCCUUGCAGAGAGUUUCUUAUCACUGAAGAAUUAGAAGGAAUGCUUUCAUUUUUUCAGUGCUUUGUCCUUGCUGGUGAAAUGAAGCGUCUUGUUCUCUUGCUCAUGUUCUUUUGAUCAGGACCUAACUCAGGACUUCUUGCCUUUUUGCUUGUAUGUAUUGAUCAGCGAUGGCUCUCUGGAUUAGCUGAUCAGUGUCCAGUCCUAACAAUAAUUGUUGAAGAAACUGUAUGAACUGGGAGAACUAGUUACUGAAUUUUGUUGCUGUGUUUUGUUUUUCUCUCCUUUAUAAUCUGCAAAAGUUGGAUAGAAGCCUCUCUUUGCACUGAAUGCUAAUUUAAGCAGAGCUCAUAAUUUUGUUGUUCAUUUUCCAACCGGUCUGUGUUUGGGUUUUGUGUUAACUUUAUGUAAUAAAUAUUAAUUUUAAUUUUCUGUAGUGUUGCAUGCAAAUUUAUGAAUUCAAGUACAUGUUUCUUGGAAACAACAUGUUAUAACUUAGGCUGAAUAUAAUGGGAUGAAAACUCAGCAAAGAAGGUAAAGUGUUUGGAUUUUCUUGAUCAGGAAAAUGUUUGGAGAAUGCCCCAGUUUUUUCAAAACUAUGGAAAGCAAAUUCUGAUCCUACAUCUGUUUUUGUCAGUAUGCAGUCCUGCACAGUUCUAUGGCUUGAUGAUAUUCAGGGGCUGACCAAUUCAAAGAAAACAAUCCAGAUUU